CCUGGGCAGCCUGUGUCACAACUUGAGUAUGUACAGUGGUGGUGUCUAACAUGUAGCCAGCUAAGUUGCUGCUGUGUGGGAUCUGAGUCUUUCUCUUCCUCAGAAAUGGAGUCAGGAGAACAUAAAGCCAAAGUUUCAACAGGAAACCAUUUUUGGAAUCAGAAGCUAAAGCCACCCACACAACAUGGAGAACAGACUGGGGCACGACAUGGGAAAGACAGUUCCUCAUUUAAUUUCCCUUACAGAGAACAGAGGCGUUGGAAGGACAACACUGAGGGGGCCAACCGUAUCUCUAAUUGGAGAAAGGUCUGGAGUUGGGAUGCCACUGUGGAGAAGGCCCUGCCAUGUGCCACUGUCAAAUAGUUCCUUCUGAAUCUGGAUUUCUGAGGUUCACAUUUGUUCCCACAUUUGGGAGGCUGCCAACUCAGUUUCACAUUUCCGAAGCCACAACAUUUCUUGCAGAAGCUGCAGAGGGACCUGUGGAUACAAACUCUCAAGGAAUUACUGGACACACAACUGAAACAGUGAUUGAAGACCAGGCCGUUGGAAGUGGAAGCAAACUAAGCUGUGACCCCACCAGUUGUACAAACAGUUUACAAACCAAAGAUCGUAAGGCAAGGCAAGAGGAAAUGGAGGGAAAUGACCUUUUCAAAGCCGAAUAUGUCUUCAUUAUGGACUCAGAUGAAGACAAAAGUGCUACUGUAGGCCAUAGCUAUGGACAGGGAAGAUGCAAGAUUUUAGAUGCAGCCUGUGAAUCUGCUGGUGGGGAGUCAAGAGGACAUUGGAAUGCUCCAGAGCUAUCAUUGCACACAGAGACGUCUUACAGUUCUGCCAGUCAACAGAAACAAUCUCAGUUAACUUCUUCUCUAUCUACCUCUGAUCAUCCUUCCUAUAAGCCACCUGUUGCUCAUUUACUUCCUUCAACUAACCUGAAAGUAGCCCAGGAUCCAACUCCUGUCCAUCAAGCCUCUUCUCUUCAAGAAUCCCACAGCCAAUGGCAGUCUGCAAAUGGAUCCUCCAUACACCAGACCUCUACCUAUUUACAGUCUACUGCUUCUUAUAGUCUCCCUUCUUCCAUAUUGCAAAGACCUUAUUUCCCAUUUAACAGCCUUUCAGAUGGCGCACAGUUACCCAGUGGUCUCCACCAGGCUAGACAUCAUCCCAAAAUAUCUGAGACCACCUCAACACCUUUAUUAAGCAAAGACCCACACCCUUCUUCACAGGUUCACAGUUCAGCAGACACUCCUCAGAGCUUGUCCCCCCAGGCCUGUUCUCCUCUCCCUUCUAAGAGAUUUACGGUGGUUCCUAUGUAUAUCACAACCCACUUAUUAUCUCCUAGUCCAAAGCCCCUGUCUUCUCCUCUUCAUGGUUCCUCCUCAACCAUAUAUAGUGUAAGCAACCCCUGCAGCCAAAUGUCAUCUAGUGGGAACCUUCUGAGGUCUGGAAAUAAAUCCUCUCUGCCAACCAGGCUGUCUCUGCUGACUGCUAUUCUAAAGUCAGGCUCUGCUCCAAAAAGGCCCUUUUCUCCUGCAUCUUGCCCUGCCACAUUUUCCCCCAAUUCUUUAGGCUCUUCAACACUGACAAUAGACCAUAAGUUUAAAGUGACCCCUCCGACACCUAAGAAAUCUGCCUCAGGUUAUUCAGUUAGGUCACCUUCUCCAAGUCAUGAGGAAUUUUGCCUUUCGGUAUUUUCUAAUGUGCCAAACCACAUGGCCCUAUCUUCAAAGGGCAGCCCUGCUCUUAAAACUAGCUCCCCAUCCCCUAAAAGACAUCUUGACACUAGGGCACUUUCCCCUGACAAAUUGCGCCCUUUGUCACCCACAAUUUCUUCCUAUAGAAAAACGGUUGUGUCUCCACUUUUACAACCAAAAUUACCUACUUUUGCCUUACCUCCCCAUGCCCCAAGGAAAGCGGCCCACUCUCCUACCCACAGAACCAGAGGGCCUGAAAGGUCCAAGAAGGUACACACCUACUCCUCCACUUUCACUGCUAAGUCCUAUCCAGUGUCCCCUCCUGCUAGUAACCAAAGAGACACAGUCUCCCGCACUUCCGAAAAGGGUUCUCUCUCUCCAACCUUUAUGUAUUCUAGUUAUCGGUCAAAUGAACGUUCACCACAAGGCAUUGCUAAAAGCCUAGAUGCCUAUUCGCCACCCCCUUCUCCUCAUUGGCCUGUUUCUCAUACAGAUUCGCUUUCACCCACUCCUCCAGGCUGUAAUAUUAAAUCCCCUUCAGCACAGACAAAUUCCUCCUCAGUUCAUUCGAGCUUCAGAGCUUGCCCUCCAUCUUCAAGACCCAGGACCCCAACAGUAACACAGGAUAGAUCUCCUACCAGGGUGCGCUCACCUUGCUCACUGUUGUCAAGAUCCAGGGAGUUGACUUCACCACUGUCUUUCUCUCUGCCUUCUGACUCUGAGAAUAAGAUGCUCAAGCCACACAAGAUCAAGACAAGCUACAAAGCAUUUGCAGCAAUCCCUACAAACACAAUACUUUUGGAACAGAAGGCACUUGAUGAACCCGCCAAAAUGGAAGUGUCUGAAGACAAAGCUUUGGAUACACAUUCAGAGAUGUGUUCCCCUGCUCAGCUCAGGCAACAAACUGAAGAGCUAUGUGCUGCUAUUGAUCAAGUCUUACAGGACCCCCUGUCUAUGCGUCGAUGGGAUUCUUCUCCAGGCUCCCUGCAGAACAUAUUGGAUUCAGAUGUAGGCAAAAUAUCACAAGCUUCACAGAGACCAUCUGGACGGGAAACAAGAUUUGCUACUCUCUACACAUCAGCACCAGCAGCAUCUGAGAGUAAAAAGACAAAGCCUGGUGUCAUCCGCCCAACAAUAGUGAAAGCAAAAAUAAUAAUAAAAGAAGAGGAGCCCAUCCAACCAAACCCGUUCAGAAAGUACCUGGAAGGAACCAGUGAUCCCCAAACUGAUCAGGAUCCAUCUCUUUUCCAUCCUUUUUUUCACACUAAACUGAGCCCUUCUACUAAGUCCCCAUCACACCCACAGGCUGUCUCUCAUGCUGAUUUGCUAACUCCUGGACCAUUCAAUCAUUUGGGUUCCAUCUUUGGAGACAUCCAUGACAGUUCUUAUAGUCCUUUCCAUCGCAAUACUUUGUAUAACAAGCCCACUCAUCCAAUAGUGCCCAUUCCAGAAAAUGAAGCACUCAGCUCCAAAGAGCUUUGUUCUGCUAGAGUAAAAAAACAGCCAGAUUUGCCAGCCUACCAGGAAAACAAAGAUCAAAGCAAAGGAAACUUUCCAGACAAUGGAACCUCUCACAGCAAAGUUCACUGUCUACUCAGAGGAGACCUUGGGAACGUUUUUGCAAAAGCUAGCUGAGGCUGCCACUGUGGGAUGUUCUGUCUAGGAGUUAGAAAAGACAUGAUUUAGGAUUAGAAGUGAAUUGCAAAGAACGCUACUUACCAUUCUGAUGCAAUGCUGGCAUGAAAUCCAUGCUGAAGUAAAUAGGAAUGUUGCGACUUAGAAUGGCCUGUCUCACUGUAAAGUAUCAGUGCACAGGAAAUAAUCGGGAACUUGGCAGCGCAAGAGCACAUGCUGAAAUAUUUGUGGGAAAUUGCUCUACAACUUCUCAAAGUGUCAAAUGAAUGUUUAAUGAAUGUUUAAUGUAUGUUGCAAAGAAAAUGACACCGAAAGAUUCUUUCAUUUUGAAAUGAAAUAAAGUUGAACUGUAUAUUGUGUAAA